UAUAUGUAUUUAGAUAGUUUGGUUAUGUUUGACAGAAGCGGGGCUCGCUCGAACGCUCGUAUUCCUGUUGACGUUUCUGUCAAUAUAGCAGAAUAAAAUGGGCUUAUUCGGGAAAUCCCAGGACAAACACCCAAAGGAAAUGGUUCAAGAAUGGACACAUAAAUUAAGGAAGGAGGGCUGUCUACUGGAUAGACAGAUUAGAGCAAUCCAACGUGAAGAAGAGAAAGUGAAACGUUGUCUGAAAGAGGCAGCAAAGAAAGGUGACAAGGAUGUAUGUAAAAUUCUUGCCAAAGAGAUAAUACGUGCACGCAAAGCCUGCAACAAGAUCUGUACCUCGAAAGCUCAUCUGAAUUCUGUAUCCUUACAAAUGAAAAAUCAACUUGCAACAAUCAGAGUUGCAGGUUCGGUAUCAAAAUCCACAGAAGUAAUGCAAGCGAUGCAGUCAUUAGUUAGGGUACCCAAAGUAGCUGCUACAAUGAGAGAAUUGUCCAAAGAAAUGAUGAAAGCUGGUAUCAUAGAAGAAAUGUUAGAUGAGACAAUGGAUUCCAUUGAAGAUUCUGAAGAAGUGGAAGAUGAAGCAGACGAGGAAGUAGACAAAAUUUUAUGGGAGGUCACUGCAGGUCAGUUAGGUAAAGCACCUGCAGUUGUUACAGAAACUCCAGGAUCAGUAGUAGCAUCUACGUCUGCAGAAGAAGAAGUAGAAGAAGCAGAUGAUAAAGAGCUUGAAGAAAUGAAAAUGAGACUACAAAGUCUACGUAGUUAGCUGCAAUAUAUGUACAUACUUAUACGUAUAAGUAUUGACUCCCCGUAUUAACUCCGCUUUGAUUACUAAGGACACAUAUACACGAAAUACAAGUUCAGUGAAUAAAUGCCUCGUAUUUUGAUAUUCCUGAAAAAUGUUCGAGGAAUGCGUUUGUAUUAAACAAUCCAAAACAACAUGUAGUAUUAUAAGAAGAAACUAAACAGUUUAAUUGGUUUCUGUACAAUUUUUGUAUCCUGCUUUUAUGACCUAUUUGCAGUCUAUUAUAGCAUACUGUUGUAUUUGGACUACAAAUAAUGUCACGAAUUAAGAGAAGCUGGCUUCUUGUUUGCAUUACAUUGAAACACAUUGUGCUUAAUUUAAUUAUAAUUGCAAAAUCUUGUACUAAUAUGUAUUAUAUAUAAACUAUGAUUUUGAUUGUUA